CUUGCCUGCCCCUAUACCUCCCCCCACUAUUAUUGUCGCAAAGCAACCAAUUCACUGAAUGCUUAUUGCUUAUAGAGAGAGAGAGAGAGAGAGAAAGAAGAGUUUAGAGAGAGAGAGAAAGAGUGAUAAAGUGAAAGGUGAAAAUUCAUGGAAGUUGGCCUGAAGAAGGAGAAGAUGGUGUUUGAGGAAACUGAACUCAGGCUAGGAUUGCCUGGGAAUAAUGGAAACAUAGCCACUGAAGCAGCAGAAUUAUCUGUAAGGAAGAGAGGAUUCUCUGAAACUGAGACUGAAAAAACCACUGUAGAUUUGAUGCUUAAUCUCUCCCCAAAGGAGGUAGAUGCUACUGGUGCAGAUCCACGUGACAAGCACAUGACUUCGCCAAAGGAGAAGACCCUUCUGCUUUCCGAUCCUGCAAAGCCUCCUUCUAAGGCGCAAGUGGUGGGUUGGCCACCAGUGCGGUCUUUCCGGAAGAACAUGUUUGCAGCUCAAAAGAACAGUGGAGAGGAAAACGAGAAGAACAGUCCAAAUGCAAGCUUUGUCAAAGUAAGCAUGGAUGGAGCACCUUACCUCCGCAAAGUGGACUUGAAGAUGUACAAGAGUUACCCUGAGCUCUCUGAUGCCUUAGGCAAAAUGUUUAGCUCCUUCACCAUUGGCAAUUGUGAAUCCCAAGGCAUUAAGGAUUUCAUGAAUGAGAGUAAGUUGAUGGAUGUUUUAAACAGCUCCGAUUAUGUCCCAACCUAUGAAGACAAGGAUGGCGACUGGAUGCUUGUCGGUGAUGUCCCUUGGGAGAUGUUUGUGGAAUCAUGCAAGCGUUUGCGUAUCAUGAAAGGAAAGGAAGCUAUUGGACUGGCACCAAGAGCCAUGGAGAAAUGCAAGAACAGGAGCUAGAUUAGUCGUUACCGUUCCAUGACCUGCUUUAUCAAUCUGAGUUGUGCCCAGUUGACUUAGUAACUGAAGCAAGGUUAAGCUGCAGCAGACACAGAUGGACAGAGUAGGAGGUGUUAAAAAUAUAGUUAAUCUGUGUAUCAUUAUGGUUUGUUAUAUAAUAUUUCAAACAAAUAUGUGAAAUGUCUAAGCAUAAAUUAUGGAAAAAAAGAAACGAUAAUGACUCCAAAUUAUGUCGCAAGACUUUCUUAUUUCUUUAUUUGUGUGCUUGCUUAAUAAUAAGUUUAAUAAUGUGCUUGUCGGU